AUGGCGGCGCACACUCAGUGUUUAGAGUAUGAGCCUUUCGAUGUGGCAUUAGAGCUAGUGAUUGAAGCUGCAUCAUCAAGGUGCCAGUCAUCCUUAUCUGCUCUAAAGAUGGGAUUGGCGUCUAGUUUAGGGGAUGUGCGACAUGCUAUGGCUGCACCACGGCACCCAAACCAAGAUGGUACGGAGUCAACACAGCAUCAACUCAAUGAACACUUGACACGUCUUGUGGCUGCUACAGCUGCUUCAAUCAAAGAUAGAAUGGUAGCUUUACAGGCAUUCACACAACCUAAACACACAUUUGCAGUGAAUGCAGAAUUCAGGCACAAGUUUUGCAGGGAACUUGUACGGGAAGGAGUUGUUGUGGCCUUUUUCUUGCACAUAACUGACACACUUCUUCAGUUUUGCCAUAAAAAGGAUAAAGAUCCUGUGCUUCUUUUAUUGCUUUCAAGAAUGUGCCUUGAUCUUCAUACAUCUACAGUUCAUUAUCUUUUAAGCCACUGUGAUGAGCAAUUACAGCUGGAAGAUAAAACUGGGCUGACACCACUCCACACCAUUACAGAUGGAAUGAGAGAUGCUGGACAGCGACUUUUGAACCAUUAUGUACAUACGCAAGGUGCCUCUGUUAGUCAAAUGCUUCGACGUAGUGUUGAACUUAAAGAUUGGUUAGGCUGUGGAGAACCAAGGAGCGUUCGCAGAGUGAUGAGAACCGUCUUAGAUGAAAUAACGACUAUGGAAACUCAGUAUAUGCUAGAAGUUGCCACAAACAGGCUUCCAGAAGAAUCCAGAACAAGUUUUGCUGCUGUGGCUAAAAGUCUUAUGAGAACAUUAUGUGAAGCACUCUAUGAUUUUUUAGACUGGCGCAUAAAAGCGUGGGUGGAGGUAUUAGAAAACUCCAACAAGUCACUUCCCAAUGUGACUGCUUCAUUGCAGUCCAGUGCAUUCUGUUAG